AUGAGCUCCCCCGCCACCACACCUCGCGUGGGCGAUAACAACGCUCAUGCGGCAAACUUGGCUACCCUGCGGCCCGAUCGACCCUGUGAUUCCUGUCGCCGCCGCAAGAGUCGCUGUGUCAUCAAUUCCGACGCGGUCGCCUGUGUCAUGUGCCAGUUCCACCGGCAGGCCUGUACCUUUGUCGAGGAGGCGGUGCCGAGGAGGCGCAAACCCACGAACCCGAACCCUGUCGCAGUGGUAUCUUCCGAUACCACCACCACUGCCGCUUCGGGUGCUUCCUUAGCUCGACACAGACGAUCAGGCUCGGACGGCGACGGCCACGCCCCACGAGGGCAAUCAGGGGAUUACAUCGACGAUUAUGCCAACCUGCAGGGAGAGUCGUUGUUGAAGAAAACCCUUGGCUUGCAAACCCACCGGUAUGCAAAGUACAUUGGUCCGACCGACGAGCAUGACUUUGCCCUUUUGGAUCUGAGACUGUACGACGACGCCCAGGGAGAGUCUCCGGCCGACCAAGGUUCCUUUCGCAAAGUCGGUCAGAAUGAGUUCUUCCACCAAUAUGACGACGCGGAUUCCCCCAACCACUUCAGAGAUGUCGAGGAGUUGGAUCAGAUCGAGCACAUCGUCGCCCCUUACGGCGAAGCUUUGAUUACGCUCUACUUCCGCAUCGUCCAUCCCAGCUUUCCCAUCUUGCACAAGAAGGUGUUUGUGGAGAAAUACGCCAGAAGCUAUCGCGAGUUUUCGCCGCCCUUGCUGGCGGCCGUCUACAUUCUCGCGCUGAACUGGUGGUCCUACAACGCCGAUUUGGCUAAGUCGCGAAAGCCCGACGUCGGACUUUUGGAGGAUAUCGCCUAUCGCACGUUGCAAGAUGUGUCCCAUCGGGCCAAGCUGUCGACGGUCCAGGCGGGACUGCUACUCCUCCAGCGUCCAGGGAGCAAUCAAGCGUGGCAGUUGACUGCUCAACUGGUCGCCAUCGGGCAGGAUCUGGGAUUGCAUCUGGAUUGUUCGAACUGGCGUAUCCCCGCCUGGGAAAGGGGACUCCGCAAACGGCUGGCCUGGGCUCUUUUCAUGCAAGACAACUGGUCCGCUUUGAUCUACGGGCGCCCUCCACAUAUCUCCUCGACCAACUGGGCCGUCCAACCGAUCACGGCCGGGGACUUUCCCGAGCAGACGGAAGAUGAAUGCGAAGAGGCCGAGGAGGACGGCAGCGCGGAUGUGGAAAAGGGCCGCACACUGUUCAGUGCCAUGAUCACUCUCACCAAGAUGCUUGCUGAAGUGCUCGAGGCGCUCUACUCGCUGAAGGCGGAAACCGAGGUCAAGAAUGCCUACGACACGACUAAAGCCAUCCUAGAAAGGGCCAAACCCAUCCAGCUGAAACUGCGGGCGUGGUAUGCUGAUAUGCCCGAGGUUCUUCGGAUGGAUGCUACCCGGGCUGGUAAGUUGAGUUCAGUCGGCUAUCUACAUCUGGCCUACUUUGCCACGGAGAUCACCCUUCACCGUCGCGUGAUUCGAUCUCUGUCGCAGAAUACCGACCCUUAUUUGAUCCAGAUCUGCCGGUCGGCGGCCAAGGCGAGACUGAUCAGCGCCAUGGACUUCUUCAAUCGACUCAAGCCGGAACACCUGCAGUCAUUCUGGUAUUUUGCGUCCAAGUUCAAUUUUGCCCUGAUUGGCACUUUUGCCGGCUUGUGCUUCGUCACUUCACACAGCCAGGAAGAAGGCGAAUUCUACCGCCGACGGCUCCAAGAGUACCGCUGGACAUUGCGGGUGUCCAACAAGAGUGCCGAGUUUCUGGAGAUUGCCAGUGGCAUUCUGGAAUCGGCCGUGGGAGCAUUGUUGAAGGCGGCCGACACGAUUGACAGCCGACGUCUUGCAUUUCCCAUGCUUCAACAUCAGGUGGAAGCGGAGGACGGCCCAAUCGACUCCUUCUAUCUGGGUGCUGAAGAAGUGUACUACGACACCCCAAUGGAACCUUGA